AUGACCUCAGAAGAGGACGUUGAAGAGGACCCAGCCUCUCCUCCCGACGGAUCCUGCUCCGGCGGAAACCGACCAGCCUCGCAUGGCGGCUCGUCAGAUUCGCAUCACCACGACGAUGUGGAACACGAUGAAUACUCGCACAAUUCGGCCUCAUUUUCGGGCUCUGAGGAGAAUGGAGUAGGACCAGGAGAUGACGACCGCAAUAGCAUAAUAGAAGACUUUGAAGAGGAGGAGGAGGAGGAGGAAGAAGAAGACGAAGAAGAAGACGACGACGACGAUCUCCAACCCCCACCGGGCCCUUUCUCCCAGCACGCCUUUGCACCUCCUUUUUACGGGCGGCCACCAACACCACUGCCUCCGUCACCGUCGCUGACCUCGCUCCUGCGACCGUCGCGGCCCACGACCCCGGACGCGUCCGACGACGAGCACCCGGGCGAGCCGCUCCCGCGCGCGCGGCCCAAGGUGCCUACGUACGAGUACUACGGCUUCGUGCUGUACCUGUUCAGCAGCCUGUCGUUUCUCAUCUACCUGCUCUGGAGCUACCUGCCAUCCCCCUUUCUGCACGCCCUGGGCAUCUAUUAUUAUCCCAACCGCUGGUGGUCGCUGGCCAUCCCCAGCUUCCUGGUCAUGACGCUCGUCUACAUCUACGUCGCGCUCGCGGCGUACAAUACCGAGAUUUUGACCCUGCCGCUGGAGAGUGUGGAGACUAUUGUUGAUGAGGCGGCGCAGGUGGCCGUGGUUGAUUCGAAGGGACGGAUUAAGAGGGAGAGGAGGAGGGGUGGGGUUGAGGGCCCGUCGGCGGGGCAAGCGGGGGGAGGUGGUGGGAAAGGGAUGGGGAAGGGGAGGGGCAGAGGCGGUGCCGGCGCCGGCGCCGGCGAAGAUGACCACGAAUACUACUACUACCCGAGCAAAGACGGUGGUGGGAAAGCUGGGAGGGUAGGGGGUAGAGAGCGGAAUUCGAAGGCGGGGGGAGGGCUGAAUUGGAAGGAAGUUUGGAAUGAGGGUACGGACGCUGUCAUGGAUGUGCCGCUUGCCGGGGUUUGUGAGGUCUUAUAUGCUGAGGGGAGGGAGUGGGAAAGCGAGGAAGAUGAUGAAGUGAUGAUCACAAGGUUAUAG